AUGGCGGAAGACGUGAAGAUUUUGGAAGAGGUCCCAUCAAAACGCCAAAGGAUAGAACCAGAUAGCACUUCUGGCGACUGUGACAUUUCCUGUACAUUUGAUAUCGAUUCACCAGGAGUAAGAAAUGGACAUGGAUCUCAUACGAACCAUAGCAACGUGAAUUCUUCCGAUAUAGUGAAUGGUAAUUAUGAAGUGACUAAGCAGGACAGCUUAAAUGGGGAAACUGUCGACCUAGGACACCAUGAACAGAAAAGUGUUGAGGAGGAUAAUGAUGCUAAAGUGGACGAUACAGACAACUUGAGUGAUGUCAGUGACAUGUCUGGACUGAGUGAGGAUGCCUGGCAAACAACAUCUCCUGGUUCCAUGAUGUGGGUUCAGGAUCAGAUGAUGACAGGAAUAAAUCCUCGUAUUAUUCUCAAUGACCUAAUAAUGUCAGAUGUGCUCAUCCCAGAAGACAUGGAUGAUUUUACACUGUGGAAAAUAAUUGUCAAUAUCAUGUCUGAACCUCCACCUAGGAAGAAACUGCCCCAUGUUAAUACCUUGGAGGAUGUUCUACAUCUUAUGAAGACUUGCAGUAAGAUCAUGGUGUUGACUGGAGCAGGGGUGUCAGUGUCCUGUGGUAUUCCCGACUUCAGGUCCAGAAAUGGAAUUUAUGCCCGACUAGCUGUCGACUUUCCAGAUCUGCCUGAUCCUCAGGCAAUGUUUGAUAUCAAAUACUUCAGAGCUGACCCCAGACCAUUUUUCAAAUUUGCAAAGGAAAUCUACCCAGGCCAGUUUGAACCAUCCAAAUCUCACAAAUUCAUCAAAAUGUUGGAAAUGCAGGGAAAGCUUCUUCGUAACUAUACACAGAAUAUAGAUACUCUGGAGCAAGUGGCAGGCAUAACCAGUGUCAUUCAGUGCCACGGAUCAUUUGCCAAUGCUACUUGUAUGGUUUGCAAGCACAAGAUGACUGCAGAUGAUAUUAAGGCAGAUAUUUUCAAACAGGUGAUCCCCCACUGUCCUAAGUGCCCCUUAGAGGACACUACAGCAGUGAUGAAGCCAGACAUAGUCUUUUUUGGAGAAAGUCUCCCCGAAGAAUUCCAUCAGCAGAUGGCCGCUGAUAAGGAUAACUGUGACCUUCUCAUCGUCAUUGGGUCAUCGUUGAAAGUUCGUCCGGUUGCUCUCAUUCCAAAUUCUUUACCUCCUGAUGUUCCACAAAUCUUGAUUAACCGUGAACCACUCAAGAACAUGACCUUUGAUGUUGAACUGCUUGGCAACUGUGAUACCAUUGUAAGUGAGUUGUGUAAGAGACUUCAGUGGGAGGGCAUUUCUAGUCUGUCUGAACCACCUAUGGAAGAAGUGACUAAAGGCCAACUCAGGACCCCGCCCCCUUACCCUGUAACAGACGAUGUGUUUCCUGUGGAGAGCACUACUGAUAAAACUGAUAGUAAACUGGAUCAUCUGGGUAAGAAAUCAAAUGAUUCACAGAUGUCGGUGACAAUGAGUUGUCCUAACCAAGUGAUAGCGGACCACCAUUCACAUGAUUCUGUUGUAGGUCAAAGUUCAGAGUGUGAUCCAAACAUAGUGGAGGAUGGCCAGGGUCAAAGUUCAGAUCACCAAAACACCAUUUAUCCUUUAGAGGAUAAAGUUCAGUGUCUGCAAUCUUUACAGGAAAAUGUGUGUAGUACUGUGUCUGUCCUGGAACAAGACAAGGUUGAAUCAGAAAAGUUACUAAACCAUCCUCAGCAGAGUGUGAUGGAAAGUGCUGUGGAACCUGACACAUCUAAUCUGCAGCAAAAAGAUGCACUUUCUACUGUAGCCCCUGAAUCAGAAAAGACUGCUACAAACACAGUGGUGCUCAAAGAAUGUGGUGUUAGUCCACCUGUAGAGGUACACAAAGGGGUUGUGACCUGUAGUUCUGAAGGAGAUCUGAAUUCAGACUUGGAGACUAGUAGGACUUUUCAGCAGGGAUCAAGCUGCUCCAAAGAGAUAUCAGAACUAGAAAUGAUGAGGAGCAUGUGGCAGCCAAAACGCCAUGACAGUCUGUCUAAGCGACUAGAUGAAAAUCAAUUCUUGUACCUUGCACCUUGUCGGUAUGUGUUCCCGGGAGCAGAGGUUUAUGAUAGCAGUGAUGAUGAAGGAGAUGAUGGGAAAUCUUCUACAUCAUCAAGUUGCUGUUCCAUUGACUCUAGGCUUGGUGAUAGAGUAGAGAACGAUGAGUGCGACACAGAAACUUGUGAGCAGCUCCGCAAGUGUCCAGAGUUAGUACAGCCCAGCGAGUGUCCACAGUCAGCACAGCCCAGCGAGUGUCAAGAGUCAGCACAGCCCAGCAAGUGUCCAGAGUCAGCACAGCCCAGCGAGUGUCAAGAGUCAGCACAGCCCAGCAUGUGUCCAGAGUCAGCACAGCCCAGUGAGUGUUCACAAUCAGCACAGCCCAGCGAGUGUCUACAGUCAGCAAGUAAUGAGGUGUCAACUACUCAGGCCACCAGUGUAGAAAGCAUCAUGUCUUCUGAAGCCAGCAACUAAAUCCAAAAAUACAGGAAGCACAUACAUUAUGAUACGGAAGCCUAUACUAGAAUGUCUCAGAAGAAAAUGCACCUGUUGUGUUUAUGUAUAUUCUUUCAACUACUAAAGCUUGAAAUAGAGAAAGCUAACUUUUUAUAUCUGCUGAAGUCAUCAAUAUACGGUCCUGAAGUAGACUGUACACCUGUUGUGUCUACAGAAGUCAUUAGCAGUCCAGAAAUAGAGAAAGCACACCUGUUCAGACAGUUCUGAGCACACCUGUUGUACUACAGAUGCCAUCAGCAGUCCAGAAACAGAAAGCAGAUCUGUCAUGUCUACAAAGUCACUAGCUGUCAACAAAUCAAAGCACACCUGUCCUGCUCACAGAUGUCAUUAAUGGGCCAGAAACAGAGAAAGCUCACGUCUUGUCUACAGAUGUCAUCAAUGGGCCAGAAACAGAGAAAGCUCACGUCUUGUCUACAGAUGUCAUCAAUGGGCCAGAAACAGAGAAAGCUCACGUCUUGUCUACAGAUGUCAUCAAUGGGCCAGAAACAGAGAAAGCUCACGUCUUGUCUACAGAAGUCAUCAAUGGGCCAGAAACAGAGAAAGCUCACGUCUUGUCUACAGAUGUCAUCAAUGGGCCAGAAACAGAGAAAGCUCACGUCUUGUCUACAGAAGUCAUCAAUGGGCCAGAAACAGAGAAAGCUCACGUCUUGUCUACAGAAGUCAUCAAUGGGCCAGAAACAGAGAAAGCUCACGUCUUGUCUACAGAUGUCAUCAAUGGGCCAGAAACAGAGAAAGCUCACGUCUUGUCUACAGAAGUCAUCAAUGGGCCAGAAACAGAGAAAGCUCACAUCAUGUCUACAGAAGUCAUCAAUGGGCCAGAAACAGAGAAAGCUCACGUCUUGUCUACAGAUGUCAUCAAUGGGCCAGAAACAUAGAAAGCUCACGUCUUGUCUACAGAAGUCAUCAAUGGGCCAGAAACAGAGAAAGCUCACGUCUUGUCUACAGAUGUCAUCAAUGGGCCAGAAACAGAGAAAGCUCACAUCAUGUCUACAGAAGUCAUCAAUGGGCCAGAAACAGAGAAAGCUCACGUCUUGUCUACAGAUGUCAUCAAUGGGCCAGAAACAUAGAAAGCUCACGUCUUGUCUACAGAAGUCGUCAAUGGGCCAGAAACAGAGAAAGCUCACAUCUUGUCUACAGAAGUCAUCAAUGGGCCAGAAACAGAGAAAGCUCACGUCUUGUCUACAGAAGUCGUCAAUUUGCCAGAAACAGAGAAAGCUCACGUCUUGUCUACAGAUGUCAUCAAUGGGCCAGAAACAGAGAAAGCUCACGUCUUGUCUACAGAAGUCGUCAAUGGGCCAGAAACAGAGAAAGCUCACAUCUUGUCUACAGAAGUCAUCAAUAGGCCAGAAACAGAGAAAGCUCACGUCUUGUCUACAGAUGUCGUCAAUGGGCCAGAAACAGAGAAAGCUCACGUCUUGUCUACAGAUGUCGUCAAUGGGCCAGAAACAGAGAAAACACUUUUUGUGUCUACAGAAGCGAUCAGCAGUACAGAAAUAGUAAAAAGCACACCUGUUGUGUCCACAGAAAUUAUCAUUGGUCCAGAAACAGAGAAAGCUCAAGUCUUGUCUACAGAAGUCGUCAAUGCGCCAGAAACAGAGAAAACACACUUUUUGUGUCUACAGAAGCGAUCAGCUGUCCAAAAAUAGUAAAAAGCACACCUGUUGUGUCUACAGAAGUUAUCAUUGGUCCAGAAACAGAGAAAGCACAACCUGGCAGCCUGCCAACAAAACCUAUUAACACUGCAAUUUAGAAGGUUUAACAUCAUGCACAAUAGUGCAAUAGUGAAACUUCGAUGUUGCAUCAUACAAAGCUUAAACCAUAUAUUUUAUAUCUUUUUCAUGCAACACACCAAUACAAGAAAUGAUCUUAAAUAGAUUGUGAGUUAAAAUGUUAUUUUAAAUGUGCAAAUUUAUAUUGGAGCAUUCUCAAGGUAGUUCUUUAAAUAACAACUGGAAAGUUCAAAAGAGAAACUUUGGGAGUAAUUUAAUAACCCUCUGUUCAGAUGUUAUGUAUGGUGUAAUCUUAAACUAGAAUUUUUUUUUGCAUUGGUUGAGAUUUGUGUUAGCAAUAGCCUGUUUGAUUAGUCAGCCUUUAACCUAAAGCCUUCAUCCCUGUCUGUCUACCCGUCCAGCUGUCAGUCUGUUCACUCAGUUUUCCGCACUUUUCUCAACCACGCUUCAAGACCUUCAAGGUAUGUUGGUGAAAGUUGGUAUGUAACUUCACUAUGAUGAGUAGGUGCAGAUCAAGUUCGAGUUUCUGGGUUUUUGUGUAGAGGUCAAGGUCACUGUUACUAUUUUAAUUGGGGGCCAGUGUGGGAUAUGGAUGUACAAUUGUAUUGUGUUAGCAAUACCCAGUAUGCUUGUUUUACAACAUUUUUGUAGCAUAUUACACCAGCUUACAUUAAUUGUGCUCAUAGAGAUGUAGUGCAGUUGUUAUGUGUAUGCAUUGUCUCCCCUGGUUGUGAUGGGAUGCUUUUCACACUAAGGCUCAGUUAAAAUGUUGUUAAGUAGUUGUUAAAGACUUGCCUGUUUAGUUACUGUUUGAUAAUGUUACCUUACAGAUUUGGGAGGGCUUGUAUUCAUCAUUAAUUAUUAUCACAGAAUACAAUUUUCAUUCAUGCCAAAAGUUUCAAUACAGAGUUUAUUCAAAUGAUUAUUACAAUACAUGUAUGAAUUUGUUGAUGUUUCUGAUUAGGAGGGUGUCAAAUUAGCUACCGUGACAUUUACAUAUUAGACAAGAUAUUGCUCACUGUUUAGUUCUGCUUUUCUCAUCGAUUAGCAGGUAGUUGUUGGGUUUUAGACUUAAGCUUUCUAAUAAACAAAUUUAAGGAUGAGUUCACCAUGUCCAUUGAUCCUGGCAAACCAUUGAUUAUUGUUGUUUGUCAAAUUUUUUAUCGAUCAGGUCAAAUUGGAAGAAUUUUUACAGCAUCAAUUCUUCAUUAUUGUGCCUAACUAACUUGCUAGGUUUUGAGAAGAUAGGGGCUAAUUUUGUAUUCUAUCACUAAAUUCCAAUAGAUGUAAAAUAAGAAAUAAAGUAUGUAUACUUAGAUGUAUGAAUACAGUAUUGUAUUUUUACAUGGUUUUCUAAACCAUUAUGUAUAAUAAUACAUGUACAUAGAUGAAUGUAAAUAUUUUUGUAUAUAGAAUUGUUUUAUAUAUAUAUAUAUAUAUAGAGAGAGAGAGAGAGAGAGAGAGAAAGAGAGUUUAUAUUGACUGUCAGCUCACUUCAGAGACUUAAAACAGUAAAUGUAUUUCCUCUUUUCAAGUUUGAACACCACCUCUUCAGCCCUUAAGUUUUGAAAAUUGAAAUAUUAUAUCUACUUUCAUAAUUUUUUCAUAUGUAUGUAUUUGUUUUUGUCUAAAAAAGUUAUCCAUCAUUGUUCACAAAAUAUUCUUGAUUCUACAGUAUUAAGUUUGAAUGUAUUUGGGAAACAACUGUCAGAUUUCCUUACUAGGGCUCUUUACAAGUAUAAAUAUAAUUCAGCAAAAAUGAAUAUUGCUUUGCCUGUUGAUUCAAUUUAUUGAAAUUGACAUGUCAGGGAACUUCAUUAAUCCUUUCUUAAUUAUUUUUUUCGGAUAUCUGUGGUCAAUUCUUUCUUACAAAUAUGGAAACCUGUUUUGAAUGUUCCCUUUUCUUUUUGUUGUAUUUGUUGAUAUUUAUUGUAUAUAUCUUUACAUUUGUAAGAAUAAGUUAUAUAGAUGUCUAUAUAUAUUUCUUACAAAGUCAAAAUCAGAAGGUGCCGAAAAUUCAUUGUGAGUAUUCCAUUACUAAGUCAGUAUCAUAGAUUUUGUAUGAAUCAUCAGAUGUACAAUAUCACUGUAGGUAGAUAUAUAGGUUUAUGUAAAAAGUAACUAUAGUUAGUCAAUAGCUGUUUAUAUCGCUGUAGUUAGUCCAAAGCUAUUUAUGAUAUCACCUUAAUUAGUCAGUGGCUGUUUAUGAUAUCACUAGUUAGUCAAAAGCUGUUUAUGAUAUCACUGUAUUUAGUAAGUAGCCAGGUAUGUAUGUGUGAUAUCGCUGUAGUUAGUCAGUAGCCUGGUAUGUGUGUGUGAUAUCACUGUAGUUAGUCAGUAGCCUGGUAUGUAUGUGUGAUAUUGCUGUAGUUAGUCAGUAGCCUGGUAUGUGUGUGUGGUAUCACUGUAGUAAGUCAGUAGCCUGUGUAUGUGUGUGAUAUCACUGUAGUUAGUCAGUAGCCUGAUAUGUAUGUAUGAUAUCACUGUAGUUAGUCAGUAGUCUGGUAUGUGUGAUAUCACUGUAGUUAGUCAGUAGCCUGGUAUGUGUGUGUGUGAUAUCACUGUAGUUAGUCAGUAGCCUGAUAUGUAUGUAUGAUAUCACUGUAGUUAGUCAUUAGCCUGGUAUGUGUGUGUGAUAUCGCUGUAGUUAGUCAGUAGCCUGGUAUGUGUGUGUGAUAUCACUGUAGUUAGUCAGUAGCCUGGUAUGUGUGUGUGUGUGAUAUCACUGUAGUUAGUCAGUAGUCCGGUGUAUGUGUGGGAUAACACUGUAGUUAGUCAGUAGUCCGGUGUAUGUGUGUGAUAUCACUGUAGUUAGUCAAUAGUCUGGUAUGUGUGUGUGUUUAAAUUACUGUAGUUAGUCAGUUGCCUGGUAUUUGUGUUUAAUGCUUUCGCUGUAACUAGCCUUUAUUACUGUAUUUAGUCAUUUGAGGGGUAGGAUAUGAUAUCGCUGUAGUUAAUUUGUAGAAAGUAGUAAAUGUAGAAAAGUGCAAGAAGCCUUAUAUUUAGCAUGCCUGCCAUGGUGAAACAUCAGUCUGUCAACUCUUUCUUUCAAAAGCUUCUUGUCCAGAUAUUUUGCAUUUAUUUUGACUGAAAAUUUGGUUAGGUUUUUUUUCUAGAUGAAUGGCUGACGUGACAUUUCAAGUGUGGAUUGUUCAUCCCAGAGCGGAAUAAUGAGCUCUAAAACUAUCAAUAAUUGGGUUUUUUUUUCAACUGACAUUCUUUAAUCAUUUUUGAAACCAGAACAACAAAUGUUAUGCAUGUAUUAACAUGUUGAAGGUGUCCACAUGCAAGGUAGAUAUAAUAUAACCUUGAUUAAGAAAGCUUAGCCACAACUGCUGAAAUAUUUUGUGAGAGAUAAAGGGUAGAAUGGGUGAUAAAGUGGCUACUGAUUAUAAUUGAAAUAUUUUAAUUAAGUUUAUUUGAACAUAAAAACUGACAGAUUUAUUUUGCUUUUAUUCAUGAAAUGCAAAACCAUGGUCUGUCCUAGCAGCAUAUAAAAGCUGACAAACAGCUUUUUAAUCCACCAUCAUCAGAUUAAUAGAAUCUUUCACCCCUUUUGGGGUGAGAUAGGGGGAUCUCAGCCCGAGGAGGGAGAUCGUUAAAUUUCCAAACACGAGGCUUGCCGAGUGUUCAGGAACUUAACAAUCUCCCUCUGAGGGUUGAGAUCCCCCUAUCUCAUCCCAAAAAGGGGUGAAUGAUUAUUUCUCUCUUGCCCUGUUUUUCAAUCUAAGUGUGAACCAAAUCCAAUCGUAUGUAAACAACAACACAUGGACGGCGGAUGACUGUUGUGAUAAAGCUGCAGCAAACGCUUUACACCUUACGGUGUUGAUUUCAUACAAAAUAUAGUUCUGAUUAGCUUGUCAAAAAGAACACCAAACUCUCGGUUAAAUCUGAUAAUUAAUACUUAUUUUAAUUUUUUGUGUGAAUAAUAUUGAUAUUUAACAUUCAAAUGUUCCGGGUCAGGUCAUAGUGACGUCAUCCUAUCAAGAACAAGAGCACAUUCAAAGAGCACGUGUAGCUUGUCUUUUCCCUAGGGUGAGAUAAGAAAAUCUCGACCAAGUAAACCUGCGGAUAUUCCUGUCCAGGGCGAGAGAAAUUUAAUCUCCAUGCAUCCUUAAUCAGUCAUCCGUCUGUUCGUCUGUCCCUCCAUAAACAAUUCUUGUUAUCGCAUUUUCUCAGAAAGUGCUGAAGGGAUCUUGUGACUGAUCGGAAAACAACAUACGGUAGCUGACAGAUAGCCAUCUUGGAUUUUGACAAUUGCAGGUUGCUCCUGCUAUAUGUUAUAUAAAGUUAUUAAAUGUUUUGAAAGAAGAGUGAAAGAAUGGAAAAGAAGAGAAAAGUUCAGUCUUUCAUUUGACUGAUAUGGAUCAUUCAUUGGUAGACACCAAGAUCCCUCUGGGAUCACUUGUCAUGUAAUAAAGUUGUGAUGUAUAUAAAUGUGUGUACAAGUGGUAUACAAUGGACAGCUCUAGGGGCAUUUUUUAUGGAAUACUUUUGGCUUUUCAUGCUAGAGUCUACAUAUUAUGUAUGAUUUUCAUUUUUCAUUUUGAUGUAGUUUUGAUAAUUUUAAGAGAAUAAUAAUUUGGAAAAGUGAAAGGCGAAAAAAAAGAAGUAUUAUUUGUCACAAGUGGACAACUAGCUAUAGUAAUUACUUACUUUCUGGUAAUAAAAGUUUACACUGUGGGAUGGAAAUCCUACUUGGUGCUGAUACAGGUAUACUUGACAAGCUGUUAGUAAUUAACUUUCUCCAUGGGCCUUUGUAUAACUUUGAAUGAUAAACUAAUACUAAUUGACUUUCACUGAAUGAGCCAGAGAUGGAACAGUACAAAACUCUAGCAUGAAUAGUACUGCAUUUCGUUGACAUGAAGUUUUCUGGACUGUAUCAGUCAAACUAAAAUUUCAUUGGGACAUGGCUAUGAUGUACAGAGGAGUAUUUAAGAGGUUUGUGAAUGUUUUGUACACCUUGUCUGGUACCUCACUCAUUGUACACACUGUACAUAACAACCAAUGGUAAAAUAAAGCAUUACCUGAUA